GUAGUAAAAUGUCAUUGAUAUAUAUAUGGCGGACAUGACUUUUGUUUAUUCAUAACGAACAUUGGGAUUCUCAAUUAUCAUGGAACACUUCAGACCCAGACCUGACUCCAUGUUUUCAGAAGACUGUAUGUCAGAUGACUCCUUGUGCUUUUCUAUGGUUAAUGCUCCCAUUUAGAUGUCUUGAUAUUUACUGGAAUAAAAAAAGAAAGAUAUCUGUGUCUAAGAUCUUCAUUUUGAAACUGCUUGGCCUCUUUGUACUACUGACAUGUGUUACGAUAAAGUUACUCUACAAUUUGUCCAAAGCAACUCAUCCAGACAUUUAUCCUGUGGAUAUUAUGUCUUCUUUUGUCCUUCUUCUGACUAUGUUAUUGGUUCUGAUAUUUCUUCACAUUGAAAGAAAAGGUGGCAUCACAUCAUCUGGCAUUCUUGUUGCAUUCUGGUUGCUACUGUUAAUUGGACACUCUCUGAUGAUCAUAUCACAUGUGAAGUCAGUCAUUGGAGAUAAAGCUGAGAAUGUGUUCAACAAUAUUAUCUUCUAUAUUACCUAUGCAUUCAUAGUGAUAGAAUUUUUAUUUUCUUGCUUCUUGGAUGAAGGAAAAACUCCAGAAUUUGUACCUUCUAAUGUCUGUCCAGAGGAACGAGCAUCCUUUUUGUCUAAUAUUUCCUUCUGGUGGGUAACACCAAUACUGGUAAAAGGUUACCGUAAAAGUCUCGAAUUCAAGGACUUGUGGACAUUAAAUUCUUACUUAACCUCUAAAGAAAUUGUUGUAUAUUUCAACAAAUAUUGGCAAAAUGAAUCAAAAAAGCAUCUAAAGAUUCAUAAUGAGGAGCACCUUUUAAAGAAGAACACAGAUGACAUCAAGGUUAUUGGUGGGAAAAAACCCAGCCUUGUAAAAUGCUUAUUAAGAGCAUUUGGGGAUAAAGUACUUUUAGCUGUAUUUUUCAAGUUGAUUCAUGACGUAUUGCUAUUUGUCAGUCCCAUGCUCUUGAAAUUGUUGAUUCAAUUCAUCACUGAGAAAAGUGUAUUCAUGUGGCAAGGAUUUUUAUAUGCAUCGCUCUUAUUAAUUUCUGCAACCUUACAAUCAAUAGUUUUGCAUCAAUACUUCCACAACUGCCUCAUAGUUGGCAUGGAGCUAAGAACCACUAUUACUUCUGCUGUUUAUUGCAAGAGCCUUACAUUAUCGAAUUCUGCACGCAAAACUGCAACUGUUGGAGAAAUAGUUAAUUUGAUGUCAAUCGAUGCCCAGAAGUUCCAAGAUCUUAUGACUUAUGUUAACACUAUCUGGUCUGGUCCUCUACAAAUUAUGAUUGCUCUUUACUUCCUCUGGCUUACCUUAGGACCAUCCAUAUUUGUUGGAGUUGGCAUUUUAAUAUUUUUUAUUGCAAUGAACAUGUUUAUCUUAAAUGCAAAGAGUGUGUUACAGAUGAAGCAAAUGAAAUUAAAAGAUUCCAGGAUUAAAGUGAUGAAUGAAAUACUCAACGGUAUAAAGGUUUUGAAGUUGUAUGCCUGGGAGAAUUCUUUCAAGGAGCAGAUCAUGAAAAUACGAAAUGAUGAAAUGAGAAUUUUGAGAAAGCAAGCCUAUCUUAAUGCUUUCACUACACUAACAUGGACUUGUGCACCUGUAUUUGUGUCACUUUUUACAUUUGUGGUGUAUGUCCUCUCAGAUGAGAAAAACAUUCUGGAUGCAGAGAAAGCUUUCGUUGCUUUAUCACUUUUCCAUAUUUUGCGUUUUCCUUUGAUGAUGUUACCAAAUACAAUCUCCAAUCUCAUAGCUGCAAAUGUUUCAAUGAAAAGAGUCACUGAAUUUUUGAACAAAGAUGAAUUAGAUUUAAAAUCUGUUGAACACAGUUUAACAGACUCAGAUAGUCAUUCUGUCAUCAUUGAAAACGGGUCUUUUAAAUGGGAUAAAGAUGAGCCUUGCAUUUUAAAAAACAUUCAUUUUAAAGUUGCACAAGGGACACUUGUUGCAGUUGUGGGAGUUGUUGGAUCAGGAAAAUCAUCCUUAAUCUCAGCCAUUCUUGGUGAAAUGGAAAAAUGUUCUGGAAAAGUUGAUGUACAGAGUAAUGUGGCUUAUGUAGCACAGCAAGCUUGGAUUCAAAAUGAUACCUUGCAGAAUAAUAUCUUGUUUGGGAAACAGUAUCAUCAGUCUUUUUACGCUAAAAUCAUCAAUGCCUGCGCACUUCAUACAGAUUUUAAAAUAUUACCUGCUGGCGAUCAAACUGAAAUUGGUGAAAAGGGUAUAAAUCUUAGUGGCGGUCAGAAACAACGUGUCAGCCUAGCCAGAGCUGUAUACCAGGAGGCCAAUGUUUAUUUAUUAGAUGAUCCUCUUAGUGCUGUUGAUUCUCAUGUUGGUAAACACCUUUUUGAAAAAGUUAUUGGACCCAAUGGAAUUCUAAGUGAUAAAACACGAAUACUAGUAACCCAUAAUAUCAACUAUCUUGAACAUAUGGACAUGAUUAUUGUAAUGAAAGAUGGCCAGAUUAGUGAGAGAGGAACAUUUCAAGAACUUCUUGGUCAUAAAGGGGAAUUCUCAGAAUUCUUGCAAAAUUAUUUAACAGAACAGAAACAAACUGGAAAUGAAGCUGAUGAAGAACAAGAAACAGAUGAUGAUAUUCAUUCUUCGGUUGAGGAAAUUGUGCCUGAAGUUCGUAGAAGAUGGCAUGGUCAGGAGGAUGGGAAAAUGGGGUCGCCAGUGAUGUCUUUGAAAUCAGAGAAUGCUUUUGAACUUACUGAAAAAGAAGACCAGUCAACUCCAAAAGAUAAAUUAAUCAACAAAGAAGCAACAAUGACAGGAAAUGUGAAAUUGUCAGUGUUUUUAGCCUAUGCGAAAUUUGUCGGUGCUAAAUUUAUUUCAGUAACUUUAGUCACAUUUUUCAUGGUUGGUGCAAUCAACAUUUAUGCAAACAUUUGGCUCAGUGAAUGGAGCAAUGAUGCCUUGCUUAUUUCACAGAAUGGUACAAUUGACAUUUCUCAAAGAGAUUUGAGACUUAGUGUUUAUGGUGUGUUGGGAAUUAGCCAGAAUGUGAUGAGUAUGAUAGCUGCACUCUUAACGGCUUACUCUGGUAUGCACGCUUCAUGUGGUGUAUUUGAUAAACUGCUUGAAAACAUCUUGCAUCUUCCUUUAUCUGCUUUCGAUGCUAUUCCAGUCGGCCGAAUUAUAAAUCGCUUCUCAUUUGACAUGGAUGAUGUUGACAAUGUUAUUCCGUUUACUAUUCGCUCCUUGCUAAAUACAAUAAUAACGGGUGCUUUCACUUUUCUAAUCCUUUCUAUAAAUACUCCUCUUGUCAUUUCGAUUGUGCCUAUUGUAGGCAUACUGUUCAUAUAUGUCAAGCGUAUUUACAUUGCUACCUCACGUCAAUUAAAACGGUUAGAGUCAGUCAGCCGAUCACCGAUAUUUUCUCAUUUUGGAGAAACUGUGUCAGGAGCUACAUCAAUCCGAGCCUUCAACAAACAAAAUGAUUUCAUCAGAGAGUCUGAAAAGCGAGUUGAUGAUUACAACAUAACUUAUUAUCCUAGCUUGGUCAUUAACAGGUGGCUGGCUUUUAGAACUGAAUUUAUGAGUAAUCUGAUUGUAUUCUUUUCUGCUGUCUUUUCUGUGACCAACCGAAAUUCACUCACUCCUGGCAGUGUUGGACUUGCUGUAACAUAUGCUCUCAGUGUCACUCAAACAUUGAACUGGUUCAUCCGCAUGGCCAGUGAACUUGAGACCAACAUUGUUGCUGUAGAAAGAAUAAAGGAGUAUUCAGAAAUUCCAACUGAGGGUCCCUACGAAAUAAAAAACAACAAACCAGCUCCCGAAUGGCCAGAAAAGGGAGAGGUAGUCUUUAGUAACUAUGCCACACGUUAUCGAGAAAAUAUGGAUCUGGUUAUUAAAGACAUAAGUUGUCGCAUUUUGCCAAUGGAAAAGGUUGGUAUUGUUGGCAGAACUGGGGCUGGUAAAUCCUCACUAACUCUGAGCUUGUUUCGCAUUAUUGAAGCAGCUGAAGGUUCAAUUAUUAUUGAUGACGUUAAUGUCUCAAAGAUUGGAUUAUAUGACUUAAGGUCUAAACUUACUAUCAUACCACAGGAUCCAAUAUUAUUCUCUGGUACAUUACGUAUGAAUUUGGAUCCAUUUGACUACUAUACUGACAGCCAAUUAUGGGAGGCUUUAGAACAUUCUCAUUUGAAUGAGUUUGUAAAAUCUCAACCAAAAGGCUUGCUACAUGAAUGUGCAGAAGGUGGCGAAAACCUCAGUUUAGGACAGAGGCAACUUCUUUGUCUUGCCCGUGCUCUUCUGAGAAAAAGUAAAAUAUUAAUAUUGGAUGAAGCUACUGCAGCAGUUGAUUUGGAAACUGAUGCCCUUAUACAACAAACCAUCCGUUCCGAAUUCAAAGAUUCCACUGUCAUCACAAUUGCUCACAGACUUAAUACUAUCAUGGAUUAUUCUAAGAUAAUAGUAAUGGACAAAGGCAGAAUAUGUGAGUUUGAUUCCCCUGGAGUACUUCUACAGAACAAAGACAGUCUUUUUUAUAGUUUGGCAAAAGCUGCUGAUUUGGUUGCAGAACAGUGACAUUAAUCUAGUUCUGUUAUGGCUCCUUAGUCAUUUCUACUGUAAUUUAUUGGCUUUGGCUGUAUAUUUGAUACCAUCCAGGAACUUUUAUAUACAAUGGUGAUUUCUUUCUCAUUUUUUUUUUAAAUUGCAUAUGACUAUUUUUAUAUGUAAUUUUUAAAAUUUGUUGAAUCUGUUUUGUUACCUUUUUAUUUUGAAUUUUCACUAAAACACUUGAGAGAAAAAUUAUUUUCAAACAACUGGACUGUGUAUUCAGUUUAUUGAGAGGUAUGCAUUACUUCCAUUUUAUAAGAUGAUAUUUUUCCAAACCACUAAUCUCUUCAGAUUCAUUAUUUGCAUCUACAUUACGUUACAGUUGAUUUGAUCAUCAAGUAUCUUAUUUCUCAAUGUGCUUCAGCAUGGCCACAGUCAAAUGACUGAAGAAAGUACGUGGAUAAAUGUUAUACUUUUAAUAUUUACAAUAAGGAUAUUACUUAGGUUGUUAGUUACAGAAAUAUAAUCUUAUUAACUCAUCUCUGACAUUUAAUCAUCCACUUCAUACCUACAUUAUCUGUAUAACCCCAGGACCUAUGAUCAAAUAUGUCCAAGCCAUAGCCUUUUUGUUUUUCUUCUCCAAGAGCUAGACUGUCCAGUGUGUUCUCUUUAUUUAAGAUGGUAUGAUAUAAUUUAAGAUUUGACUGCUAAUUGUUCUAAGUCAAGUGACUAUAUCUUGUAAAAGAGUUUCUUCCCCCCACCUCCCAAGUAAAUCAGAAGAGGACAUCAGUGAUGAUGACUGUUGUGGGCCCUCUAAAGCUAAUAUAAUUAAUGCAGUCGAUUUUCAGUUUGAACAUAUUAGGCAUAAAAAAAUGUGAGCAGAUUGGAGAAUUUCAGUGUUACAGUUUUGGGUAGAAAGUAUUUAGUACAGAGUGUGUUGUAAGGAGUAUUUAGAUAGCUAGUUUAGAGGAAAAGCCUUCAUAACAGUGACAGAACAGGCAAAAAGAGAAGAAACCACACAUCAGUCAGUUAGUUAGUGGGUGUAAGUGUGCUGGUAAUCAGAUGUUCCUUUGCAGAUUUGAUUCAUCCCCAAUAAUAGUACUGGUUGAUGUUCAAAGUUAAAUAUGGUGGAUAUUUUACCUCAAAGGAAAAGUAAAGACAUAAAUUCCUACUCUGUUUCAUUGGAAAAAUAUAGAGAACCUUUUUAUUUAAUUUUGUAAUUUUUAUCAAGCUUACUGUGUUGCUCUGGAUCUAAGAAUAUGGAAGAGAUUGUUCAUUAGUAGAUGUGAAGAGAAUACACUGGACUAUUCAAUUGUAUCUUAUAAAUAUGCUAUCUUAAUGAUUAGAAUAUCGUUUCUAUACAUUAAAGAAAUAAGUGGUUAUUUUAGUGCUACAGUAAAAUCUCAGGGAACAAAGUCUGUGACCCAGUUUCAAUUUCUAGUUUGAUCACUUGUCUUGAAAUAGGGUUGAACAUCACAUGGAAAACAGUUAAGUUUGGAUGUAUAUAUUAUUAUAGUUGAACUAAUUUUUAACUUAGGGGCAUGAAGAAUCGGUUGUAUCCUCAUGGACACACAUUAGGGAUUUUCGAAAUUAGGUUCAUACAUUUGCAUUCAACACAAAGAAAUCACAGAAUUUUCUAUUUAGUAUUGAGUAUCCCCAAACAUACACAUCAUUAAAACAAAGUGACUGCCAAUUGUAAGUAAUCAAUACUCAAAUGAGGACAUCAAAGAUAAUGACUUGGGUUCAAAUCUUAUCAAGGCCAAUUUUACCUUUCCAGAAAGUGUGAGGUCAAUGAAAUAAAGUACCUAUGAAAUAGGGAGUGGGAUAUGCCUGUCCCUCAAAUUUGCAGCAAUAUGUCAUGGUUAGGUAUCAGUAUUGAUUACUAACCAAGCAGAGUACAACUGAUUGAAUUGAUCUCAAUGUAAUACAAGUGCUUAUUUUAUUAACUUUUUUCCAUCUCCCAAGUGGUUAAAAAGGUAAACAUUUAUAGUGGUGGAAGGAUGUGAAAUCAAAACAUGACAAAGGUAUUUUAUUUGGUAUUACCAUGUCUGUCAUGUCAUUACUCCUGUGUGGCCUAAGAUACUUUAUAGAUGAGCUACGUUGUCAUCAUAGAUUCUACCAUAUAUGCAGGCAGUAAUUUGAGCAGAUAGAUAAAAAACAAAAAAAAAAUGCUGCAGCAGUCUUUCUAUGCAAGUGAGAUAUUUAUCCAUUCAUAUUACUAUAUAUUAGACAUUUGCUCAAUGAGUAAUGUUGAAAUUAUUUUUUAGUCAAAGAGCCAAAUUCAAAACUGAUGAACAGAAAAAGGCCAAGUAUAGAUUUUAAUAAUAGUUAAUUAAAAUAUAUAUAUAUAUACAAAUAUUCAGUAUUUUUUUACAAAAUUAAUGUUGUCAUAAAAAUAAAACAGAAAUUAGAUAUUUUUUUUACAAAAUAUUUUUUUUAAUUGAUAUCUCAUUAGCAAUUUAGAAUGAUUUUACAUAUGAAAUACAAAAGAUUGUAAAUAAAACUUGUGGUUUGAAUAUUUGCAGAGUUUUGAUAAGAAUACAAAAAAAAAAAAAAAUUUUUUAAUUCAGUUUUUCUUGUCUGAUAUUAAUGUAAAAAAAAAAAAAUGUAACUCCUAAUAAAUAUCAAUAAUCCAACAUACAAAUUAUCAACAAAAAAUUCUGAAUCGUUUUCAUUUUGAAGAAGUUACAAAUGUAGGAGUAAUUGGGUUAAAUGGCAUUGAGCAAAUGAUAAAUUAGAAAUAUAUCAGUAUUUGAGGUAGAAAGUUAUAGUUUUUUUGUUUUUUUUUUCCUUACUGUGUGUGUCUGAGUAUAUGUUUACAUUACAUUCCAUUGACUGCUGGGAGAAAAGUCGUUUUGCCAAGUAUCAAAUUGGAAAUAAACUGAAAUGUACAAA